AUGUUUUAUGUAUCAGACCCCUGCUACCGCAAUCCGUGUCAGAAUGGUGGAACGUGUUACCCGAAGAGAACCUCGUACUGGCCGUACCAAUACACAGAAUACAGCUGUCAGUGUGACUCUUAUCACUAUGGACAGAAAUGCCAGUAUUAUGGACGACAAACCACUGAGAGACCCACAGUAGAAACAACUCAAAGCUGUCAAAAUGGAGGAUACUAUGAUUAUUAUAACGGUAGAUGUCGCUGCCAAGCAGGCACGUGGGGCUAUUAUUGCCAAUAUGGAAGUGUGCAAACUACGGUGGAGACGACAAAAAUGGCGACAACGUACGAUCCCUGCUACCGCAAUCCGUGUCAGAACGGUGGAACGUGUUACCCGAAGAGAGCCUCGUACUGGCCGUACCAAUACACAGACUACAGCUGUCAGUGUGACUCUUAUCACUAUGGACAGAAAUGCCAGUAUUAUGGACGUCAAACCACUGAGAGACCCACGGUAGAAACAACUCAAAGCUGUCAAAAUGGAGGGUACUAUGAUUAUUAUAACGGUAGAUGUCGCUGUCAAGCAGGCACGUGGGGCUAUUAUUGCCAAUAUGGCAGUGUAACGACGCCAUUACCACCUGAAGAAACAACUUUUAUAGCAAACACAACAGAUACGUUUACAGGGAAAAAGAUCCGUUUAGUAGGAGGAGGGAGUGUCAGCAUAGGUCGAAUGGAGGUUUAUCAUAAUGGCCAGUGGGGGACAGUUUGUGAUGAUAGUUUUGACAACACGGAUGCCCAAGUUGUAUGCCGUAUGCUGGGAUACAGCCCAUACAAUGCUAGAGCCUACUCGAGCGCCAGGUUUGGUCAAGGCCGUGGUCCGAUAUGGCUGGAUGACCUGCGCUGUAGAGGCUACGAGUCCAGUGUAUUUGAUUGCUCUCACCAAGGUCUGGGUAAACACAACUGUGGACAUAGUGAAGAUGCUGGGGUGUCAUGCUACAAUGAUACAGAUCUAUCGGUUACCACGGCGUAUUCAGAAGAAACCACGGCAGCAAACGAAAUAACAACUGAAAUGCCAGAAACAACUACACACGACCCCUGUUCCCAAAACCCCUGCCAGUAUGGUGGUACAUGUAUACGUACCAACAGUUACUAUUGGCCAUACACUGGCUACAGAUGUAACUGUCCUUACUACCGUACUGGGCAAAAGUGCGAGUACGGUGCUUAUGGAUACCAAGAAACCACGGCGGCAAACGAAAUCACAACUGAAAUGCCGGAAGCAACAACAUACGACCCCUGUUCCCGUAACCCAUGCCAGUAUGGCGGUACAUGUAUGCGUACCAGCAGUUACUAUUGGCCAUACACUGGCUACAGAUGUAACUGUCCUUACUACCGUACUGGGCAAAAGUGCGAGUACAGCGCUUACGGAUACCGAGAAACCACGGCGCCAAACGAAAUCACAGCUGCAAUGAUGAAAACGACUCCAUACGACCCCUGUUCCCAAAACCCCUGCCAGUAUGGUGGUACAUGUAUACGUACCAACCGUUACUAUUGGCCGUACACUGGCUACAGAUGUAACUGUCCUUACUACCGCACUGGGCAGAAGUGCGAGUACAGCGCCUACGGAUACCAAGAAACCACUGCGGCAGAAGAAAUCACAACAACAGUAGCGCCUGAAGCAACUACUUACGACCCCUGUUCCCAAAACCCCUGCCAGUAUGGUGGUACAUGUAUACGUACCAACAGUUACUAUUGGCCAUACACUGGCUACAGAUGUAACUGUCCUUACUACCGUACUGGGCAAAAGUGCGAGUACGGUGCUUAUGGAUACCUGUUCAUCCCAGCUAUAAAACUGAAUGAAGGAUAA